GCGUGGCGAACGCGCCGGAGCGCGGGAAACAGCUGAACGCGGGCGGUCGCUGCUGUCCGUUACUCUGAGGCUGCUCCUCGGACGCCCGGGCAGGGGAAGGAAAGAUGCCGGCCACCCAGAAGCCCAUGAGGUACGGGCACACAGAAGGACACACGGACGUCUGCUUUGAUGACUCUGGCAGCUGUAUUGUGACUUGUGGAAGUGAUGGUGACGUGCGGAUUUGGGAAGACUUGGACGAUGAUGAUCCCAAGUCCAUCAGUGUUGGCGAGAAGGCGUAUUCGUGUGCUUUGAAGAAUGGAAGACUGGUCACUGCAGUUUCUAAUAAUACCAUUCAGGUGCACACGUUUCCGGAAGGCGUUCCCGACGGCAUUCUCACGCGCUUCACCACCAGUGCCAACCACGUCGUCUUCAAUAGGGAUGGAACCAAAGUUGCUGCUGGAUCAGGGGAUUUUCUCAUCAAAAUCGUGGAUGUGAUGGAUAGCAGCCAGCAGAAAACAUUUCGAGGACAUGAUGCCCCUGUUUUAAGUCUUUCUUUUGAUCCUCAAGACAUCUUUGUGGCAUCGGCUAGUUGUGACGGGUCUGUCAGAGUGUGGAAAAUUUCAGAUCAGACAUGUGCUAUUAGUUGGCCACUGCUACAAAAAUGCAACGAUGUGAUAAAUGCAAAAUCCAUCUGCAGACUUGCUUGGCAGCCGGAAAGUGGGAAGUUACUGGCAGUUCCUGUGGAAAAAUCUGUGAAGCUAUAUAGAAGAGAAACUUGGAGCAUUCAGCUUGAUCUUUCCGAUAGUUCCAUCUCUCAGAGCCUCAACGUGGUAACCUGGUCUCCUUGUGGGCGAUAUUUAGCUGCGGGUAGUGUUAAUGGCCUAAUUAUAGUGUGGAACGUAGAAACCAAAGACUGUGUGGAAAGGGUGAACCAUGAGAAACGUUAUGCAAUCUGUGGCCUGGCCUGGCACCCUACCUGUGGCCAAAUAUCUUACACAGACGCUGAGGGGAACCUGGGGCUGCUGGAGAAUGUGUGUGUGUCCAGUGGGAAGGUGUCAGGCAGUAAGGUAUCUGGUGGUGUGGAAAAGGAUUAUGAUGACCUUUUUGAUGGAGAUGAUACCAGUGAUGCAGGUGACUUUCUCAGUGACAAGGCAACUGAGAUCCCCUCUUCUUCGAAAGGGAUCAUAAAUGAUGAAGACGAUGAUGACCUCAUGGUGGCUUCCGGUCAUCCUAGACCACGAAGUCACAUCCUAGAAGAUGAUGAAAAUUCAGUAGACAUUACAGUGCUGAAAUCUGGUCUGCUCAAAGAGGAGGAGGAGGAAGGGGCAGGCAGCCUGCACCGUCUCCCGCUGGUGCCGUCUCAGAGGCCGCUGUAUGAAGGACCCAGACCCACUCCAAGGCAGAAGCCCUUCCAACCAGGGUCCACGCCCUCACACCUCACCCACAGGUUCAUGGUGUGGAACUCUGUUGGGAUCAUCCGCUGCUAUAACGAUGAGCAAGACCAGGCUGUAGAUGUGGAGUUCCACGACUCCUCUGUGCACCACGCAACACACCUGUCCAACGCCUUGAAUUACACGGUGGCGGAUCUUUCCAACGAAGCUAUCUUGUUGGCGUGCGAGAGCACCGAUGACCUAGCAAGCAAGCUUCACUGCCUGCACUUCAGUUCCUGGGACUCCAGCAAGGAGUGGAUGGCGGACAUGCCGCAGAGCGAGGAUGUCGAAGCCGUCUGCCUCGGACAGGGCUGGGCUGCAGCCGCCACCAGUGCCCUGCUCCUGCGGUUAUUCUCCAUCGGCGGUGUUCAGAAAGAGAUCUUCAGCCUGCCGGGGCCCGUGGUAUCAUUGGCAGGACACAGAGAGCAGCUUUUCAUCGUUUAUCACAGAGGUACAGGAUUCUAUGGAGACCAAUGUCUUGGAGUUCAGCUGUUAGAGCUGGGGAAAAAGAAGAGGCAGAUUUUGUGUGGUGAUCCUCUUCCCCUAACAAGGAGAUCCUACCUUACGUGGAUUGGAUUUUCAGCUGAAGGAACGCCCUGCUACGUGGACUCUGAAGGCUGUGUUCGGAUGCUUAACCGAGGGCUGGGCAACACUUGGACGCCUGUGUGUGACACCAGGGAGCACUGCAAGGGGAAAUCCGACCACUGCUGGGUGGUGGGAAUCCACGAAAACCCCCAGCAGCUCAGGUGCAUCCCUUGUAAAGGCUCACGGUUUCCUCCCACCCUUCCACGCCCUGCAGUGGCUGUGUUGUCCUUUAAGCUUCCUUACUGUCAGAUUGCAACAGAGAAGGGACAGAUGGAGGAGCAGUUUUGGCGCUCAGUUCUAUUUCACAACCACCUGGAAUACUUAGCCAAAAAUGGUUAUGAAUAUGACGAGAGCACUAAAAACCAAGCAAUAAAAGAGCAACAGGAACUUUUAAUAAAAAUGCUUGCGCUUUCUUGUAAACUGGAGCGAGAAUUCCGUUGUGUGGAACUUGCAGAUCUCAUGACUCAAAAUGCCAUAAAUUUAGCCAUUAAAUAUGCUUCUCGUUCUCGGAAAUUAAUAUUGGCCCAAAAACUGAGUGAACUUGCUGUAGAGAAGGCAGCUGAAUUGGCAGCAUCUGAGGCAGAGGAGGAGGAAGAAGAGGAGGAUUUCAGAGAAAAGCUGAAUGCCAGUUACAGUAACACUGCCACGGAGUGGAGACCGCCAGGGCUCUGCAGUCAGAUGGAAGAAGAUGCCGGGGGCGGAGGAGAAGCUGGUGAGGCAGAAGCAGACCCCGGACCCCGUGAGCAGGAACAGAACUCAUUUUCCGAAAGUGCAAAUUCCUCUGAUGUGCCGGCCAUUAAGUCAGGUGCAGUUACUCCUAGCAACCAAGGACGAGUAAACCCCUUCAAGGUAUUGGCCAGUUCCAGGGAGCCAGCCCUGUCCAUGAACUCCUCGCGCCCACCAAAUAUUUUAGACAGCAUGAGCAAAUUAUCCCGGCAGCCUGCUGCCCAGAGCCGAGCAGCCCGCAGUGAGAGGUCGCCUGUGAUCAAGCCUCUGACCCCCAAGCCGAAGUCUAAGCAGGCAUCUGCAGCAUCCUAUUUCCAGAAAAAAACUCCUCAGCCCGAUAAGACCAAGGGAGGGAAAGAGGAGAAUCCUACACCUGCGUCCCCUGUAGCCCCUGCUGUGUGCUCUCCACACGCCGAGACCCCGAGGCCAAAGACUGGGUUCCAAAUGUGGCUGGAAGAAAAUAGAAGUAAUAUUUUGUCAGACAAUCCUGACUUUUCAGAUGAAGCAGAUAUAAUAAAAGAAGGAAUGAUUCGCUUUAGAGUUUUGUCAGCUGAAGAAAGGAAGGUGUGGACUAACAAGGCCAAGGGAGAAGCCGCAGGCGUUGGACUUGAAGCAAAGAAGCGGAAACGUGCGGAUGAUGAAAAUCAGGAUGUGGAAAGCCACAAGGAAGCCACGAAGGAGAAUCUGAAUUUACCCAAAAAGCAAAAACCUUUCGAUCUCUCUGCUAAUCAGAAGCUAUCAGCCUUUGCUUUUAAGCAGGAGUGAGGGCGGAAGUGACUGAGGAGAGCGGUGGCACCUUUGCUCUCUUGGGUGAACCUGAGCCCUUUCUCCUGCUUCUCUGUUUGCUUUGUGGUACGGAGAUUUCUGUGGAGCUCAGCGGCAGCUCCUCCUGUCCAUGGAUGCGUAGCAGACAGGAGCUGCAGCUUAGCUCUGGAGAGGCCCUGAGCUGGACCGGCACAGGGAACCGAAUCGGGAAGGACGUGUGUGAAAACAGUGGCUCCUCUCCCCUCGGUGGAGCAGAACAUCGUGAUCGUGCUUAUUCCCAGGCCACCAUCCUGGCUUCAUUAUUAUUUUAUUUUCAAAAAUAUUAAAAAACAGGGACUUACACUUCCGCACACUGCAGUACCUGCUAGGAAUCUCCUUGUUUGGUUUGUGUCGAGUCUGGGGAAGAAUUGGCUGCAGUCCCCCGAGCGAGCUACCGGGGACUCUAUCCUCUGGGGUGGACACCGAGAGCCAUGCUUCUCAGUGCUGGCCCUAAACCUUCAGUGAUCCUGCAGAUGAGACUUUGUGGUAUGUUUUGGAAAUUUUGUUAUAUGGCUGUCAGUUGUCUGUAUAGCCUGGGGGUUUUGUUUUUUAGAUAAAUAAAAUGUUCU